AUGGCGGCCAAAGACUCUGUUGCAUAUGUGGACGAAUUCUAUUUCUCAGCAUUGCAUGAUGAGGAACAAUUGUUCCCCAUUUCAGAUGAAAAAUAUGCAGAGGAGUUGCAAUUGCAAGAGGCCUUAAUGUCCGCAGCCACCAUUUCUUUAUAUAAUAAGUUUAAGAGCGUCAAGACGGAAAUCGGAGAAUCUUCUGGAAAUUUAUGUAUGAUUUGUAUGGUAAAUAAACCCAUAAAUGAAAUGUUCGGAAACAGCUCUUAUUGCUCACAUUCUUUUUGUGUACUCUGUAUCAGCAAAUAUGUUGCUAGCAAAAUACAAGAAAAUAUUAGUGUUAUCAAGUGCCCAAAUAUUGCUUGUAAAGGCAUAAUUAAACCGCAAUUUUGGCGAGAAAUUGUUCCUAAAGAAGUGUUUGAUAGAUGGGAGAAUUCUUUGUGCGAAUCUUUGAUUUUGGGUUCACAGAAAUUUUAUUGUCCUUAUAAAGAUUGUGCAGCUAUGUUGGUGGACGAUGGGAGCGAGAAUGUAACAGAAUUUGAGUGUCCAAAUUGCCAUCGAUUGUUCUGUGCUCAGUGCAAUGUCUCGUGGCAUAGGGGAUUGGAUUGCAAAGAGUUCCAGCGUUUGGGCAGAAAAGAGAAAGGGAAGGAAUUAGAUGUGAUGCUGACGGAGUUUGCCAAGAACAAGAAAUGGCGCAGAUGUCCCAAGUGCAAAAUCUAUGUUGAAAAACGUGAUGGCUGUUUACACAUAACUUGCGGGUGCGGCCAUGAGUUUUGCUAUGGCUGUGGAUUAGACCACAGCUUGGGACAUGUUUGUCCGCGAUCUUAAAAAAGACACUUUGGUCCAAGUAUUCCUACAUACAUACUAUUGCUUUCGACGACUACUGUUGGCCCGUUCUGAACUCGUCAAGUAUUGCAAUUGAUCGGGAAUAUUGUUAUUCCUUUUAGAGUUUAUUUGCUUCCUUUUAAAACUUCUGUUUUUCUUUUUAAUCGGUAAUUAAGUUGAAUAUUCUUGGUGUCCUUGCUGAUUUUAAUUCUGCGUUCACUCUUU